AUGUCUUCAGUGGUUCUGUUGUGUGCAAAACUUGUCUACCGUGUCACGACUAGUGGUCUCUCAAAGCAUCAGUCCCUGGACGCACACUUACCAAGAGCUUCGGAUGACUCGACAACAACUAUCUCGCGCGACUGUGAUGCCCAACUGGAAGUACCGGGGAGUUUCCCACACUCUAUCAGCAUCGUCGAGAGCAAACAGUUGUCUACCUCAAGAAUUUCGGAGAACAAUACAGAAGAUCAAAUCUCACGGUCAGGUCCAACUACGUCACCUCUCGAUGGAUUGCUCAUCUUGAUACAAACUCUCGGAGCCUCUGUCUCCCAACCCCUCAACAUCGUAAUCGACAGUCGCAUUGCCUCUAGAUGCUUUCGUUCCACGUUGACACACGAUCACUUUGGUCAUGGCUUUCAGGCAGGAGGCUGGCGGUGGCAAUGUUCUCAACAUCAUGCUCCGCCAGGUCGACAACAUCAUCCCUUGCUACCGUUGUUCUCAGCCACUGCGGGUCGGUACAUUUCGGGCCGUCACGAACCUCUCAGCUCUGGACACUCGACGACAGAGGUAUUGAAUCAGGACAUGAUCCUUCCUGGAACCGAAUAUACUGCAUCCGGAUUGUGCCAGGAUGAGUACCAGCAAGUUCAACUUGAAUAUUCGGCAUCCGGACGCCGUCGAGACAGAGGCAACAUCCAACCUGGAAAUGGAAGUGAGCAGCAGAACCACCAACAACGACAAGACGGCCGAACCAAUUCAACCUCUGGAGCCAAUUCGAACAAUGCAGACGGCCCAAGUCGGAGCCGAUCGGCGGCUGUUACUGGCGGUGGCUCUGGUUCGAGCGGCGGUAACGAUGAUGACGAUGAAGGCAGAGAUAGAGACGGCCACGACCCGUCCAACCCGACAACCAGUCCAUCUUAUGCUUCUGACUCGGACCCUGACUCGGAUCCAGACGCGGACACGGACACGGACACAGACACAGACUCAGACUCGGAUUCGGAUUCGCACACAGAAGGCGGUGCCCGUCUUGUUCCACACGAAGCGUUUGGCUCGGGUCCGAGCAUUCCUCGUCGAAACGAUUCGCGUUCCGCCCUCAUCCACCCUUCGACUCCGGAUCCAGGAUACAUGAUCCAGGACGAAGAGGACGACGCCGACGUAGAUACUGACACGGACGGGUCGGAGUUUCGAUACAGCGACAGCGACAGCGAGAGCGAGGGCGCGAGCGACGAUGAAGACAACAGCCAGCGGCAAGACCAUGACCGUCACCUUGACUAUGACUAUGACUACGACUACGAUUAUGACCGUGACCGAGAUCGAGAUCGGGAUCGUCAACGCUCCACCCGUCCAUAUCCGCAUCGGUAUCGGUAUCAGGAUCGUCUCGGUCGACGCAUGGCUUGGGAUUGGACCGGUAACCCUCAGCCUUGA